UCUUUUUUGGUAGCAAGGCCGAGAAAGUACAGCAGUAGGUCAUGAUUGCACAAUGCAGUGGGGCAGUGUUUUUCUCCUCACUUUUUUCUUUGUCGAAGAACAAAAACAAGGAUGUGGGUCAGAAGAUUCUUUCCCAUUUUCAGAAUGUUGCAUGUGGUGGAAUGAUUUUGUCAGCAUUUGGUUCUGUGUUAAAUCCAACUUUGACCUGUGAUGGAAAAAUCAUCAAUUACAAGGGUUCAUACGGAAUUCUUGAACUUGAGUGCUUUUACUCAUGCGGGAGAGGUGGCAAGGUCAGACAGAGUGGUGCUUUGAAAGCAGUAUUAGAUUCACCUGCUAAAAUAGUACAGGGUGUCGCACUUAGCUCACUAAUUGCCGCAACCCCUGUUCAGGUGGUGCUUGGUUGUUUCACCAAAUGAUAUGAUGCCAAGAGGUGGAAGUGAAGAUCCUUGCUGGCCAGUGAACUCUUUUAUCUAUAUCCCAGACCCAUACGAUGGUAUCUAAAAUAAGGAAGUCGUGACAGAGGCAUCCAUGUAAUUCAAUCUACUUUUUUUUUUUUUUUUUUCUGUGUUUGUUUUCUACUGUGUUUUUCAUGAACUGCUGCCUAAGAUGCCCCGUCUGUCUGUAUUGUAUAAUAACUCUGCCACGCCCGUCUCUCCCUUUGCCUCGUUGUACAAAUUAAGCCUUGUGAUUGUUAUGGUCGGUCUUACUUUUGGAAAUGCUAAAACAUGUGUAAACCACCCUUUCGCACUCUUUUGGAAAUGCUAAAACAUAUGUGUAAACCACCCUUUCCCACUCAUUUGGAAAUGCUAAAACAUGUGUAAACCACCCUUUCCCACUCUUUUGGAAAUGCUAAAACAUAUGUGUAAACCACCAUUUCCCACUCAUUUGGAAAUGCUAAAACAGGAAAUGCUAAAACAUACGUGUAAACCACCCUU